GGAGGAACUAAAGGUGCUGAACCAGAAGUAUCUUUAACAGCAUUCAUUCUGGUUGCAUUAUUGGAAUCCAGAUCAGUCUGCAAUGAACAUAUCAAUAUUCUAGACAGCAGCAUCAAUAAGGCCACAGAUUAUUUACUCAAAAAGUAUGAGAAACUGCAAAGACCUUACACUACGGCCCUCACAGCCUAUGCUUUGGCUGCUGCAGAACGACUCAAUGAUGACAGGGUACUCAUGGCAGCAUCAACAGGAAGGGAUCGUUGGGAAGAACAUAAUGCUCGCACUCAUAAUAUUGAAGGCACUUCCUAUGCCUUGUUGGCCCUGCUGAAAAUGAAGAAAUUUGCUGAGGCCGGUCCUGUAGUCAAAUGGCUGAUAGAUCAGAAAUAUUAUGGGGGAACAUAUGGGCAAACCCAAGCAACAGUUAUGGUGUUUCAAGCUCUUGCUGAAUAUGAGAUUCAGAUACCUACCCAUAAGGACUUAAACUUAGAUAUUUCUAUUAACCUGCCAGAACGAGAAGUGCCUCUAAGGUACAGCAUUAAUUAUGGAAAUGCACUCGUGGCCCGGACAGCAGAGACCAAACUCAACGAAGACUUCACUGUGUCAGCUUCAGGUGAUGGAAAAGCAACAAUGACCAUUUUGACGGUCUAUAAUGCACAAUUGAGGGAGGAUGCAAAUGUUUGCAACAAAUUCCAUCUUGAUGUUUCUGUUGAAAAUGCCCAAUUGAACUCAAAACAGGCAAAGGGAGCCAAGGAUACCCUCAGGCUUAAAAUAUGCACUAGGUAUCUGGGAGAAGUUGAUUCUACAAUGACAGUAAUUGAUGUUUCUAUGCUGACUGGUUUUCUCGCUGAUGCAGAAGACCUUACGAGGCUUUCUAAAGGAGUGGACAGAUACAUCUCCAAAUUUGAAAUUGACAAUAAUAUGGUUCAGAAAGGAACUGUUGUCAUUUACUUAGACAAGGUCUCCCACUCUGAAGUUGAAUGCCUGCAUUUUAAGAUUCACAAGCAUUUUGAAGUUGGCUUCAUUCAGCCAGGAUCAGUCAAGGUGUACAGCUACUACAAUCUAGAUGAACAGUGUACCAAGUUCUACCAUCCAGAUAAAGGAACAGGUCUUCUCAAUAAGAUAUGUCAUGGUAACAUUUGCCGAUGUGCAGAAGGUAAGUUGCAAUAAAUAAGUAAAGUUUGC